AUGAGAUUUCUCUCAUCUCCAAGCUCUCCCAAUAGGUCUGGUGAUGGAAGGUUCCCAGUUAGGCUUGCUGGAACAAAUCUUCGCCCUUAUGGUGAGAGUUCUAGUGUUGCACCAAUCAACAAUGAUCAAAACAACUUAGGUGUUUUUCCUCGUGAGUCAUUUGCAAUUGGACCAUUCGGAAUGAACGUUUCUUCUUCCAGUUCAUUCCCUGCCAGUUUCUCAGGUAGACACUUUGGGCUAAACUCGAAUCAUUUCCUUCACCCGAGGAGUGGUAGUAGUAAUAUUACUCCAAGCAAUGGUGGCAGUGCUGUUGACAUGCAUUUAGCAGCGGAACAUGUAGGGAACAACCAUUACAACAAUCAAAAUUUGCCAUCAUAUUCUGUAUCCCUACAUCCACAUGGAUCAAAUGCCAGUUCUUCUGCUGUGAAUGCAAAUAACAGUGCUGAAUAUGUGGUGGAAGAACGAGGUGGUGUAGAUGGCAACUCACCAAACAUGAGGCACUUGCCCUUCAAGAGAAGAUAUGAUGAUGAGUAUGCUUUGUCAGAAUUUGCUGUUGGUGAAAGUUCAAGCAUGGGAGCACAAGAUGCACGAAACCCCAGACGAAGGGUUGAUCCUUUUCAAGUCAAUGCCAUCGGCACGUGUCCUUUUUCUGGAUAUGGCCAUUCGGGGAACUCUACGGUUGAAAUUGGCCACAGUGCUACAUGCCCAGUUUCUAAUGAAAUUGGACAAACUCAAAACCUUCAAAGUCACAACAAUCUUCAAGUUAACAUGUUGUCAUCAAGAGGGCAUUUCCAACGUGACCACCCUCCUUUCUUUGACCAUGAAGAAACUUCACUUGGUGGGUUUGGCUUGGAGCAUCCAAUGGAGUAUGCUCCUAAUGUUCUUGAAACUCAACAGGCUCUUUGGAGUAACAGCAUUAUGAGGCCAAGAUAUGCUCGUGAUGCAUCUUAUUCUGUGAUGGGAAGAACAAGUGAUGAAGGUAUGAAUAUGAUACCUUUUGAUAACAAUAUUCCUGCUGCAGGUAAUUUCAUGAGCCCUCAAAUUGGAACUGGAAGUAAUUGGUCAAGCAAUGGAAAUGCAAACAUCCUUGGAUGCUUUUCACCUACUUCUUCCAAUCAACUUCGUUCUGCUCAUGGUAAUGAACCAUCAAAUGCUGGUGCAUCGAUUCACAGGUUGGAAGUUUAUGAACAAUACAUAAGGCUAUCGCCUAUUACUGCAAGCCAACUUGUGGCUUCAUCUAUCGGUUCAUAUCAGCCAAGAAAUCCUAGCCUACCACUUUUACCUUCAGAAAUCUCACAGGGAAGCUUCAACGUUGGAGUUGUAUCCGAGAACCAGCAAAACUCUUUUGCAAGAUUGGAGAAUCGAGCUGGUGCUUCUGCAGUCAAUCUUACAGCAGCUGAAAUGCUCAGCACUAUGUGGGAAGAGGUUCGCAGUGUCCUAGAAUUUCUGCGCGAAGAUAUCCCAUUGCAGACAGAGGGAUUGCUGAUUCUCGAGGACUCAAUUGUAAUAAAUAUGGCGCAACCUGAUUCAAUCCCAGAUUGGCGAUAUUUUCCAUUAUCCGCAAAUUUCGUGCCCUAUGAGAUGAUCGCUGCUCUACAACGUCAUCUAGGCCACGCGGAGGCAGGACUCCGUGAGGAAUAUAUUCUAUCGAACAUUGAGCGUGAAAUUUUCCAGUCCAUCACUGAGGGGAGUCCACAAAAUGAAACCUGCAGCAUAUGUCUGGAGGACUAUGUCAAUGGAGAAGAACUUGGGAAACUGAAUUGCCGCCACAAAUUUCACGUUAGCUGCAUCAAAGAUUGGUUGGUUCUGAACAACACAUGCCCCAUUUGCAAGAGAACCGCGCUGGCUGUUGAAGAUGACCAAACUGCUGAGGGAACAGUGUGA